UACACAAAAGAAAACCCAACUAUAAAAUCACCUCAAAACCCUAAUCUCAUUUUUGUUUCUCUUCAUCUCUUCAGUUGCAGCAGCAGCCGACUACACUUCAUCAACCAUGGGUAUCGAUUUGAAAGCCGGAGGUAAGAGCAAGAAAACCAAGCGUACCGCCCCUAAAUCCGAUGACGUCUACCUCAAGCUUCUCGUCAAGCUGUACCGGUUUUUGGUAAGGAGGACCGGAAGCAAAUUCAAUGCGGUGAUUUUGAAGAGGCUGUUCAUGAGCAAGACUAAUAAGCCAGCGCUUUCGCUUUCUAGGCUUAUUACUUUUAUGAAGGGCAAGGACAAUAAAGUUGCAGUGGUUGUUGGAACUGUGACUGAUGAUAUUAGGGUUUAUGAGGUUCCGGCUUUGAAAGUUACAGCCUUGAGGUUUACUGAAACCGCACGAGCUAGGAUUGAGAAGGCUGGAGGAGAGUGCCUUACUUUUGACCAGCUUGCUUUGAGAGCUCCUUUGGGACAGAACACUGUUCUCUUAAGAGGUCCAAAGAAUUCUCGUGAAGCUGUGAAACAUUUUGGCCCAGCUCCUGGUGUGCCACACAGCCAUACCAAACCAUAUGUUAGAGCAAAGGGAAGGAAGUUUGAGAAAGCUAGAGGAAAGAGGAACAGCAGGGGAUUUAGGGUUUGAGUUUAUUUGGUUUUUAGUUGUGAGUCAGUUUUACUUUUUAACUAUUGUAUUCCAAAUUUUGUUGAAGAGACUAGGUUUCUUUGGAACUUGUUUAUGUUAUAUCCCUUUGUUACCAAUUAUCAGCAUGAAUUUGUUUUUUGGCAA